UUGAAUCGGAGGAGCUUUUUAACCGUCAGCAGCCACAUCCCACUUAGUCGGUGCAUGAGAAAGCUAACGUUUUGAUUUCUUCUCACUAAAACGGAAUAAACUAUCACACCAACAUGGAUUUGGACUCCAUGAAAUAUGCGGAAUUGAGAAGCAUCGCUAAGGAGCUCGGGCUUAAAGCGAAUAUGAAGGCCGAUAAACUCCUGAAACUGAUCAAGCAGCAUUAUCAACAAGAGAAGGACAAAGAGGAGGAAGGACAGGGACAAGAGAAGGAGGUUACUGCUGUUCAAGAAGACGAACCUGUGACACAACAAGACAGUGCUCAGGAAAAUGAAGACGUAUCUCGCAAGGAAGAAGUUUCCAGCCCCGCUGUGUUUGUGAACACACGUCGGGGCAGAGGAAACGGUACCAAGAGAAAGAUCUCUGAUACUGCAGCAGUGACUGAGUGUGAUGCUCCUCCAAGUGCUGCAGAGGGUGACACUGAAGUGCCUGCAUCUAGGGGUGCUAAGAAGAGGAAAGUAUCCUCUGACAAAAGUGAAGCUGAGCCUCCUAAAGCGCCCCAGGCCACUGACAGUGAGCAGCAGCAGCCUGACAUAAAGGAUGAAGCACCUGUGCAUGGUGAUACAGAAAAAGCACCCAUGGUGGCCAAGGCCGGUAAAAUCCCUCGACUCCAGCAGAAGAACAAGCCAGUGUUGAAGCCUAUCACUCCGAACUUUAAAAAACUCCACGAGGCACAUUUUAACAAGAUGGAGUCGAUUGACUCCUACGUCCAACGAAAGACCAAGCAGAUGGACACUUUCAGAAGUUCAGUUAAAGAACUGAAGAAGCUUUCGGACAAAACUAAACUGAAGCAAGUUGAUGGCAAAACUCAAGUGAAGGCGAAUAAGAGUCGUGCUUCCAUGUUCAGCCCCGUCCUGUUUAACAAGAGACCAGCUGAGGACAGACGCACACUGCUCUCGGCCAGUAAAGCUCCUCCAAAUAAACCUGCUGGGAAGGAAGUGGCUCCGUUCAGACCGAAUGUCCUUUCCACUCGCAGGAUCAAUGUUCGCUUCUCAGAAGCGACUCAUGACAAUGAGAAUAAGAGGUCUAUGGUGAAGACGCCGGCGCGCAUGUCGCUCUGUGUGGCCUCGAGCACCCCACAGAAAAAGGCCGCCGAGGGAGCAAAGCCCAAAAAUGUCAAAACUUCGACUUUCUCUGCCACUAAAACUCCAGGAGCGUUUCUUUUCACCGGAAACACAAGUACUUCAACAACCCCCGGGACACAGAAGAAGUCAGGCUUUGAUCUGCAGGCGAGUCUGUCUCGUCCCCUCUCCUACAAGCCUCAUGCAGGUAAACUGAAGGUGUUUGGAGAAAACGAAAACACGGAAGGAAACAAGUCGCUGAUCUCAAACCCUCAUCAGAAGAAUUACAAACAGCACCAAGUCCAGACAAGGGGCGACAGGAGAGUAAAACACGCAGAGGGCCGGAAGCAGAAGAAAGAGAGCAUGCUCGGGGCAAGACGAGGCCUCGUCAUGACGUAAAACUAUCGUGCUUGUUUGUUGACGUUUUGUACAGCCUGUUUUUCCAGUGUAAAUAUUUAUUCGUAUAUAACGGACUCUUUCAUUUCUGAAGCCUCUUUUAGUCUCCUGUUAGGAACAUUUUCUGCUUCUAUCCUACCUACUGUGCAGUGUUUUUGAAUUUGACUUAUGGCGUAGUUUUAACACCUUGCAGCUCUGAAUGAUCCUUUUAUGUGUAGAGAAUCACUAUCCUGUUUUGCUGCAUUUGAAACUGAUAAUUUUGUUCUUAAAAACUGAUGCGUUGUUUUUACCUUUUUCGGAAAGACUGAUAAAAAGACAUUGAUACAAAAAA